CGACAAUUUUCUUUAGAUAACGUCACUUUGGUCACUUGUCAAUGUCAAAAUUUAAACAAACGUCAAAUUUAGUUAUGAGUCACAAUCAAUAAUAAGAGAGCAAAAUGUUUAACUUUUGGUCAAAACCUGACCCUAAAGAGGAACAACGUCAAGCCGAUCGUCAGUUGAGGAAAGUGGGGCGCGAUUUAGAAAGGGACCGUCGAGAGCUCGAUAGAGAGGAGAAAAAAUUGGAAGCAGAGAUAAAAAAAUUAGCAAAAGAAGGCAACAAUGAAGGUUGCAAAUUGUUAGCAAAACAACUUGUGCAAUUACGCAAACAAAAAAACAGAUCUUAUUCAGCUAGUAGUAAAGUACGUGGAAUUUCCGCCCAAAAUAAGGCCAUGGGGGCUAAUGUCAAACUGGCAAAUGCCAUGGGUGUAGCGGGAAAAACCAUGUCAGACAUGAACCGUAUUAUGAAACCUGAACAAAUUGCAGCUAAUGUGAACGCUUUCACUAGAGAGUCCACGAAAAUGGAAAUGACUGAUGAAAUGAUAAAUGAAUCCCUGGAUGAUAUUUUGGCUGAAUCUGGCGAUGAAGAGGAGAGUGAUAACAUCAUCAGCCAAGUUUUGGACGAAAUCGGUAUUGAAAUCAGCGGGAAAAUGGCAGGGGCUCCUUUACCCGAAAAGGGAAAAAUCGGGGAAACCUCCAAAGCGAACAGUGGCCUUACUGAUGAAGAAAUAGAAGCACAAUUGGCGAAGUUGCGAGCCUAAUUUUUAUAUUUUCAAACAAAUCAAUGUUGUAAUUAUUUUUUAUUCACAUAAAUACAGUUAAGUAAAAUUAA